AUGGAGAGCCCAAAAGGCCCAUUUAAAGGAGCCCUCUCACAGGUCACUGAAGCGGGCUUUGGGCCUUUAUGCGAGCUCCGCAACAGAGCGUCACGUUUCCCUGUUCCAUCUCGUUUCCCUCCUUCCAUAUAUAAACCCGCCGCUCGCUUCUUGCCUACGGCGAAGGGUGGGAACGAGCAGGGCGGUGCCCGGAUCUUCGGCCCCUCCCAGAAGUACUCCCACAUUAGCCUCAAACCGAGGGAAGAAGAGCAGGGUAUCCAGGAUGAGUUGCCGAAGCAAAACCUCCGAAAGGAGUUGGAAGAGUGCGAGCGGAGACACUUUGCCUCCAAGGCUAAGUCUUGUACUGAAGAUAGAGAUCGAAGGAAAGGUGGGCAGGUACUUUGGAAGGAACAAGGAGAAAAGCUGAAGAUAGAACUGUUCAGAGUGAUAAUGAUGCUGAUGAUCCUGAUGCAUAAGUCAAAGAUGAUGCAGAGAGUGAUGGCGAUGAUGAUGAUGACGAGGAUGAUUAAAGCCCUGUUAGCUGAGCUUGAAAGGAUAAAGAAAGAACAAGCCAAGCAAAAACUAAGCAAGGAACAACUUCAACAAGCUGCAGCGCUGAAGGAUAAAGAAGCUUAGUUGAUGCGAGGAAAUCCAUUGAUCAAUAUUAAUAAUUCAUCUUCCUUUAUUGUCAAAUGGUUAUCUUAGUAAUAUUUGUUUGCAUUUUGUAGUAAGUAACAAGGUUUAUGUUGUAGUACUCUUUCCAUUUCGUGUGCUGCAGGUGGGAUGAUGAUGUUGUCUUCAAAAACAAGACUCAUGGUGAAACAAAGGCCUCGUAGCAUUUCAUCAAUGAUACCAUUAGAAAGGUGGAACAUUUCAUCGAUACCAUCAGAAAGGACUUCCACCACAACUUUUCGCAGAAGCACAUGAGAUAAUUCAGUACAGUGUUUUGGGAUUUCUUUUGGCAAAUCGAGAACAUUUUGUAAAUCUGUUACCAGGCUUCGAAGUGUAGCUCAUUAAUUCAGCCCAUGGUGGGCUUUAAUAAUUCACAGCCCAUAUUAGUCAUUUUACCCUUUCUUUUUUAACCUAGACAUGAAGAAAAGAGGGGCU